AUAAACCUCUCAGGCCUCCACCUCCUCUUCCUCAGCUAAAGCCGUUUCAAGAUUCCCUCACUUCUCUCUUUCAAGACUAUACCUUUUCUUCACUCUCUUUAACAACACAAACUCCAUUAAAACACCUCUCUUUCUAACUCCAUUAAUGAUGUCUUCUGUAAAGCUUACACCUUCAUCGUUCACGUCCUCUGAUAUAUUGACACGAAAGUUUUCAGUCCCAAAGAUCAAAACUUUUUCAUUGCCCAUUAUUCAAAAUGCCCAACUAAGCUUGAACCCCUUGGUUUCUUCUCAAAAACCCAUUUAUAUCUCUUCCGUUGAGAAUUUCUCAUUGUUGCCUAAAACCCAGAAGCGCGCGGCGGCUACUGAGUGUAAGGCCUACGAGGCUGAUCGGUCAGUGCCUUUGGAAAUCAACAUCGAGUUGCCAGAUCAGCAGGCUGGUCAGAAAUACAAGAUUGGUCUAUAUUUUGCCACUUGGUGGGCUUUGAAUGUGGUUUUCAAUAUAUAUAACAAGAAAGUUUUGAAUGCUUUUCCCUAUCCAUGGCUCACUUCCUUGCUAUCAUUAGCCGCUGGUUCUCUAAUGAUGCUUAUCUCUUGGGCCACUAGAAUUGCCGAAGCCCCAAAAACAGAUUUAGACUUUUGGAAGACCCUUUUCCCGGUUGCUGUGGCACAUACAAUUGGGCAUGUUGCGGCUACAGUGAGUAUGUCCAAAGUUGCAGUUUCAUUCACUCAUAUCAUUAAGAGUAGUGAACCAGCUUUCAGUGUUUUGGUGUCAAGGUUUCUAUUAGGUGAAAUGUUUCCCAUGCCUGUCUACUUGUCACUAGUGCCAAUAAUCGGUGGUUGUGCCCUUGCUGCUGUAACUGAGCUCAAUUUCAACUUAGUUGGGUUUAUGGGGGCAAUGAUCUCAAACUUGGCAUUUGUGUUUAGAAACAUAUUCUCAAAGAAAGGGAUGAAAGGAAAAUCUGUUAGUGGGAUGAACUACUACGCUUGUUUAUCAAUGUUGUCUCUAUUGAUUCUAACACCCUUUGCCAUUGCUGUUGAGGGUCCUAAGAUGUGGGCUGCUGGUUGGAACCAAGCUCUUUCACAGAUUGGUCCUCAUUUCGUAUGGUGGGUGGCAGCUCAGAGCAUAUUCUACCACUUGUACAACCAAGUUUCAUACAUGUCACUAGACCAGAUAUCUCCUUUAACUUUUAGUGUAGGGAACACAAUGAAACGAGUAUCUGUGAUAGUUUCAUCCAUCAUCAUCUUCCACACCCCUGUUCAACCCAUCAAUGCACUUGGAGCUGCCAUAGCAAUCUUUGGCACCUUCCUAUACUCACAGAUGACAACAAAUCUGACUACUGCUCAUUCUGUUUCGCUAUUUAUGAACAUUUUAAUAUCUAACCAUUAUGCAUUGCCAUUUGGCUCUCUCUUAAAAUCUUCUCUCUUCAUACAAACAAUAAUAUAUAUAUACAUGGAGGUUUUGGUGUUACUUAGACUUUUUGUAUGCUUUUCCACCAUACUCAUGGCCUCCUGCAAUUCCACAAGCUCACUUUCCUCAUUCCCUAAUAAUACCUUCCUCUUUGGAACUGCUUCUUCUUCAUAUCAGUACGAAGGAGCUUAUUUGAGUGAUGGUAAAGGCCUUAGUAACUGGGAUGUUUUCACACAUAAGAAUGGUACUAUCAUUGAUGGAACUACUGGAGAUAUCGCUGUUGAUCAAUACCAUCUUUAUGAGGAAGAUUUGAAUCUGAUGAAUUAUGUUGGAGUGAAUAGCUACCGUUUGUCUAUAUCAUGGGCAAGAAUUUUACCCAAAGGAAGAUUUGGACAAAUAAAUUGGGCUGGGAUUGAUUAUUACAACAGACUCAUUGACUCUCUUCAACACAGAGGGAUCGAACCUUUUGUGACUUUGACUCACUACGACAUUCCUCAAGAGCUUGAAGAAAGAUAUGGAGCUUGGUUGAGUUCACAAGUACAGGAAGAUUUCAAAUACUAUGCGGACAUAUGUUUUAGAACAUUUGGGGACAGAGUAAAGUACUGGGCGACCUUCAAUGAACCCAAUGUUGCAGUAAUCAGAGGCUACAGAUCAGGGAUUUUUCCACCAUGUCGUUGCUCUGCCUCCUUUGGGAAUUGCACCAAUGGAGAUUCUGAGAAAGAACCUUUGAUUGCUGCUCAUAAUGUUAUCUUGUCUCAUGCGGCUGCUGUUGAUUUAUACCGAACCAAGUAUCAGAAAAUCCAAGAAGGAAGCAUUGGGAUUGUUAUAAAUGCUUUAUGGUAUGAGGCUUUCAGCAACUCAUCUGAAGACAAACUAGCUGUUAAUAGAGCUAUAUCUUUCUAUAUGAACUGGUUCUUAGACCCCAUUAUACAUGGGAAAUAUCCUGAAGAGAUGAGAGAAAUUCUGGGGUUGGAUUUGCCUGUUUUUUCAAAAUAUGAAAUGGAGAAGCUUAAGAAAGGAAUAGACUUUAUAGGUGUAAACCACUACACUAGUUUCUACAUAAAAGAUUGUAAGUAUUCUGAGUGUGAAGUAGGACCAGGAAAUUCAAAGACAGAAGGUUUGGCAUUACGAACUCCUCAAAAGUAUGGUUCUUUUAUUGGACAAGAAACUGAAGUUGACUGGAUAUAUGUUUAUCCUCAAGGAUUGGAAAAUAUUAUUAUGUACAUAAAAGAAAGGUACAACAACAUACCUAUGUUCAUCACAGAAAACGGUUAUGGUUACAAGGACAAACCCAAUUUAAAUGUAGAAGAUUCAUUAAAUGAUGUUGAAAGAGUGGAGUACAUGGCAUCCUACUUAAGUGCUUUAGCCUCUACAAUUAGAAAAGGAGCUGAUGUAAGAGGCUACUUUGCAUGGUCUUUGCUUGACAAUUUUGAGUGGAGAGAUGGAUACAGUGUACGUUUUGGACUCUAUCAUGUUGAUUUUGGCACUCUAACUAGAAGACCAAGAUUUUCAGCUAUUUGGUACAGAGAUUUCAUUGCUAGUAAAAUGAAUAAAAAUUCAAGUGCUCAACUUUAUUCAAUGUAGCAUAUGUAAAAAUGUUACCUCAAUAACAGUCCUACUGUUUUUUCCCUUUAAUCAUCUUAGUGUCAUUGAGUAGUUUCUAGCUCUUCCUCUUUAUUUCUUUAUAUAUAUGUAGUAUAGUAUGUUUGGCUUGGAAGUUGGAAAAUAUGAAAUGAAUGACAAUCAUUGACAAAAGGAUUGAUGGAAGAGAUUGUUAUAUGGUAUUAG